AGUUAUAACAAGAGCCUUUCAAACUCCGAAUCGGAAGCUCCUGAAACCGCUCAGCUAUGCUAAGCCGUGCACUAUGUACCUGCAGCACCACUCGGCAGAAUCAACCUCCGACGGGUGCACGUCACCCAGGGUGUCAACCCCUGACAGCCACUACGCUCUAACGGCGUCCAGCCCCAGAUCGACGGCGUCGGACCCGGGCAUGUCUUCGCAGCCCUACACCCCCAACUACUACUCCAGACAGGACUGGGGCAACUACGGGGAGAACAACAACAUCUACAGCAAGUAUGACUGCAAAUACAAGUCACACGGGGUGGGUUCUUCGGGGGCGGUGGCCUCCUACUCCAACGAGGACUACUACAGCGACACCAGGUACAAGAAGGAGGACGGCAGUAGAAGAAGCAGCGGUCAGCUACCCCACUCUGGGGGGCAGGAGGUUAUGAAGAAGAGGAGGUUGGCGGCAAACGCCAGAGAGAGAAGGAGGAUGAACAGUUUGAAUGACGCUUUCGAUAGAUUGAGGGACGUUGUACCCUCGCUAGGAAACGAUAGGAAAUUGUCCAAGUUUGAGACUUUGCAGAUGGCACAGACAUACAUAUCGGCGUUACACGAGCUAUUGCAGAGGGAUUAGAGGGAGUUUUUUAAGAGUUUCAGAAAUAUUCCAUUACAAAAUAGAGUUUUACAGAUUCAGGCAAGUAAUAAUUUCCCAGCUUCAUUUUGUACAUCCUUACAACAUCACUGAUAAAGAUUUUUCAGCACUUCACAAACUAUAACGAUCCAAAAUAAAGCAUGAACUGACAACUGACGUAAUUUAACGUCAAAUUCCGUUUCAAAACCAACCUCGCGCUAGUUGUGAAUCGUCAUGAAUACGUUUCAAAUCAUAGUUGAUGUGACGUCAUCGUUUCAACGCCAGAAAACGCCUAUAAUCUCACGAAAAUGAGAGAACAAUUCUUCAAUCCAAACUCCUCAUUGAAUACUAACAAUUUAUAUACAUGAUAUACAGAUAUCUGAAGAUCAUAAUAUAAAUUUGUUAGUAUAUUAAGGAAUUUUUGAUUUUAAUUCGAAAAGAAUACGCGACGUAUUGGUGAUAUAUCUAGACGCGUCAAGUAGGUCGGAUA